UAAGUUUUUUUUUUUUGCAGUGAUCUUUGUACUUUCAUAUAUUAGUUGUUUUUUAUUUGUUAAUAUAUUUACCUCUUUGAGUUUCAUAGUUGCUUUUUAAUAUUUAUAAGUCAUAAGGUCUUUAAACAUGUUGGCAAAUUUAAAAUCAAUUGCUGUGCAAAAUGCUGCAAAAAAGUUGUGGGCAAUUAGUGCUGCCCGUUCUAUGUCUACACCAUCCUCAACCAGUCCCAAUGGCCGUCAAAACAUAGUUCUUGUGGAUGGUGUACGCAGUCCCUUCUUGUUGUCUGGUACUAAUUAUUCCAAAUUAAUGCCACAUGAAUUGGCUCGUCAUUCGCUUUUGAGCCUCUUGCGCAAAACCCAAGUGGACAAAGAACUUAUUGACUACAUCAUUUAUGGCACCGUAAUACAGGAAGUUAAGACUUCCAACAUUGCACGUGAGGCUGCCCUGGCUGCUGGCUUUAGUGACAAAACACCCGCCCACACUGUCACCAUGGCUUGCAUUAGUUCAAACGCUGCCAUUACCACUGGCAUGGGUUUAAUUGCCACUGGUACAUAUGACACCAUUGUGGCUGGUGGUGUUGAAUUCAUGUCUGAUGUUCCCAUUAGAUUUUCACGUAAAAUGCGUUCCCUUAUGAUGAGGGCUAGCAAAGCAAAAACUAUGGGUCAACGUCUAUCACUCUUGUCGACCUUUAGACCCAACUUCCUAGUACCCGAAUUGCCAGCUGUUGCUGAAUUUUCUUCGGGUGAGACUAUGGGCCACUCUGCCGAUCGUUUGGCUGCCGCCUUCAAUGUAUCGCGCAAAGAACAAGAUGAAUAUGCCUUGAGAUCGCACACCUUGGCCAAGCAAGCCGAAGAAAAGGGUUACUUUACCGAUUUGGUACCCUUCAAGGUAUCUGGUGUUGAUAGUCUGAUUUCCAAAGACAAUGGUAUUCGUGUAUCCACCAUGGAACAACUCGGUAAACUCAAACCUGCCUUUAUUAAACCUCAUGGCACCAUUACUGCUGCCAAUGCCUCAUUCCUUACCGACGGUGCCUCAGCUUGUCUCAUCAUGACCGAAGAGAAAGCCAAACAAUUGGGUCUUAAGCCCAAAGCCUAUUUGCGUGAUUUCACUUUUGUAUCCCAAGAUCCCGUUGAUCAAUUGCUUUUGGGCCCCGCCUAUGGCAUCCCCAAGUUGCUGAAAAAGGCCGGUCUCACCCUUAAAGACAUUGACACCUGGGAAGUCCAUGAGGCAUUUGCCGGUCAAAUUGUGGCAAACAUUAAGGCCAUGGAUUCUGACUGGUGGUGCAAGACAUAUUUGGGUCUCAGUGAAAAAUAUGGUGCCCCUGAUAUGAGCAAAUUCAAUAAUUGGGGCGGCUCUUUGUCUAUUGGCCAUCCUUUUGCCGCCACAGGUGUACGUCUAUGCAUGCACACCGCCAAUCGUUUGGUGCGAGAGGAUGGAAAAUUGGGAGUUGUGGCCGCUUGUGCCGCUGGCGGUCAAGGCGUUGCUAUGCUGCUCGAAAGAUAUCCCGGUGCCACAGCCAACUAAAAGCUACUCUCUAUGUCCUAAGUGUAAUACUAUUGUUUAAGUCCAAAAAUAGUUAAACUUCCAACGAGUCUGUAAAAAUAUUUAAAUGCAUUUCCCUCAUCGAAUUCACCCGAACUUUUUCAUUAUGUAUGUAUUUUUUAUUUUGAAAAAAUGAAAAAAAACUUAACAAAUAAAAUACAAUUACUGGUUCAAAACCAAUCCUAAA